AUGCCAAUAAAUUACACUAGAAAUGCAUCUGAGGGAAAGUUAAUUUUGAGCGCCCAGCUUCUGCAAUGGCUGGACCAAAGAAUUCCGUUGGGAGACCCCAUGAGAAUCCCGUCUAUCGAAUCUUAUCGAUAUGUGCAAGAUCUCGGAAAAGGACGAUUUGGAACUGUUUGCAAGUUUCUGAACGGAAACACGUUACUAUGUGAGACAGUGAAGAAAGUGAGCAUGGAAAUUUUCGAUCAUUGGUCACAAGACGCAGCAAAAGUUUCAAACAGACUGGACACCUUCAUAUCAGAGUUUCGCUAUUUACACAAGAUCACAAAUGACAAUAAUCGAAUUGUGAACUUUUUAGGAAUAUAUUCAGACACCAAACAAAUGUACAUAAUGUCGGAAUUCUUGCCACGUGGAUCUGUAAAAGACGUGAUAAUGAGAGAAACACUUGCAGAAGACACUGCGAUCAAGUAUUUAAUGGAAACCGUUGAGGCUCUUCACUACUUGCAUACUUUGACUCCUCCAGUCAUUCAUCGUGAUAUUAAAGCUGCCAACUUGUUAAUUACAAUCGGUGAUAGUAUAAAACUAGCAAAUUUUGGUUUGGUACGAGAUCUAGCUGUUGACGGAUAUGGAAUUGCUGUAGCUUCGGAGAUUACCUUGGAUUUUCGAGCGACUCUACUAUAUGUCGCUCCGGAAGUUCUGAGUAGUACACUUGGGCCCGGUAACCGAAAAGCGUACGAGCUCCCAGCAGAUAUUUGGGCUCUGGGAUGCACCUUCAUAGAAAUGCUGCUGAAACUGCCCCCACAUUUUGAGUACUUCGGGAACAUUAAUGAAAUUCCUCAAGUCUUACUUGGAUAUGCAAAAAGUAUCGAUGGGAAAGUGCUGCCUUACACUUCUGAAGUGUUAGUACCAUCGUCUUCGAAAUGCGUUCAGAAAAUAGUGGAUUUGAUGUUUGUCAAGGAUCCAGAGCUCCGACCAACUACCAAGAAACUCAGAAUUCAGAUCAAAAAAAUUCUUGAAGACGAUAACGAAAGUGAAGAUGGUACGGAUCUCAUGUCUUCAGCUAGCAAUAGUAGUACCGAUGGAGCAACAUAUCCAACUCUAAAUAACUUGAAUGAUAGAAAAGUUGGUCGAAGUGGUGGAAGCUGCUUGCCUAUCGAAGAUAUGGAGUAUGCAGCGACGAAAAAUGAACUACCAAAAAGAAAAAAGAGGAAACCCAAUCAUAGUAACGGUGCUCACUUUGUAAUUGCCAGUGGAUACUAUCUUUCUAGAAUUUUAUAUUUUUUGAAUAUCCUUAGCCGAUCGAUAUGCUACCUCUUGUUAUUCUUGUUUCUAGGAAUCACUGCCUUGGGCCUAUUUCUGCUGAUAUCAUUUUUUGUUGUCCGCUUUGUGCGCUAUGUAAUAGCACUUCAUUGUAACUGUGAUUUAAUGCAGCCGCAGUAUUUGAUCAUCUCAGGGAUAUUGAUAGUGCUGAUGUUUGCUCUUUUGUUCAGUUGCUGCAUGGUGGCUCUUGGUGAAUACAAAUUCCGAAUGGCUAACCAAACUUUGGGCGGGUCAAAAUUCUUCCUACCACGACCGCAAAAAUCUGCUAAACUAUGUGGUGUCACUGUAAUAACUGGUAAAGACGAUAUACCAGAUGUGAUUGGGCCACUGGAAGAAGAAGUAGCACUGUCACCAUCAGUGAUGAAAAACCACGAUGACUAUUACUAUGAUACUCCGUAA